AUGUGGAACUUGAGGAAUGAAAGUGAACAAUUGCGAGAAACGGUGAGGGAGAUUGAAGAUGAAAGAGAUGCUUGGACGAUGAGAGAAAUUAGGUUGAUAGAUGCUUUGUUAGAGGAGGAGAGGAAUUCAGAUAAGUUAGGAAGAGAAAAAAUACAAUUGGAAAUGAGAUAUAAUACAGUAAGGAACGAUAUGCAAGAGUGGGUGGGGAUUAUAAAUAACAGAAGAGCAAUAGGGCAGCAUAGACAGAGAAUGAGGGAAACGUAUUAUGUAGAAGACGAUGAGGUUGGUGAGAGUAGUAGAAGUUGA